UAAAUUCACUCUUGUAUGUUGCUUUUACUUCCAGCAACGCAGUACUGGCGGAAGAAAGUAUUGGAAGUAGCUAAGGAUUUUCCUGAGUAUACUUUUGCCAUUGCCGAUGAAGAGGAUUAUUCAUCGGAACUAAGUAGCCUGGGCCUGGCAGACAGUGGUGAAGAAGUGAAUGCAGCAAUUCUAGAUGUAGCUGGCAAGAAGUAUGCAAUGGAACCAGAAGAAUUUGAUUCUGAUACACUGAGAGAAUUUGUGAUGGCAUUUAAGAAAGGUAAAUUAAAGCCAGUUGUGAAGUCACAACCAGUUCCAAAGAGUAACAAAGGACCAGUAAAAGUGGUGGUGGGCAAAACGUUUUCUGAAAUAGUUAUGGACAAAAAGAAAGAUGUCCUGAUAGAAUUCUAUGCACCAUGGUGUGGACAUUGCAAAAAACUGGAACCAGUCUAUUUAGAACUUGGAAAGAAGUACAAAAAUGAAGAAAAUAUAGUCAUUGCAAAGAUGGAUGCAACAGCAAAUGAUGUACCAAAUGAUAAGUACAAAACUGAGGGAUUCCCUACCAUCUAUUUUGCUCCAAGUAAUAAUAAAGACAAUCCUAUUCAAUAUGAUAAGGGUGACCGAGAUCUUGAAUCUUUGAGCAAAUUUGUGGAAGAACAUGCAACCAAACUAUCAAGAAGAAAAGUUGAACUAUAAGGAGCUUUUGUUACUUCAUUCAGUUAUAGGGAACCUUGGAAGCUUCCAACCGUGCAGUUUGGGUUUAAGGUGAAAUGACCAGUUUCAAAAUCUUAAUACCUAAAAAUAAAUCACUGGGAAUAAGAAAUUGAACUUUUGCCUGCCAGAGAAAUUUUGUUUCUACCUGUGUAAUUGAGAUAUUUACCUAGAAUGUGUGAAAUCACUAUUUUGUGAAGUUUGUAUGGUUUGUCAUUCGAUUUAUAUUUUGGUUUAAAAAAAACACCUUCAAAUAAAGACAACCUAAGGAAUUUAA